GUAAGUGAAGUCAGAUUGAAGAAGGGAAGGGAAGGGCAGUAGCCGGGCAAUCCGCUGCCACAAACAUGCUCACAUUUACAGUCUAUCAAACCAAACAAAGAAAAGAAAAAAAAAAGAAGGAACAAAACAAAGGGAACAGCUUACAUGGCUCCAAUUGAUUGGAGGUGUGGAGAAAGAUAAAUGGGGGAAGAAUGAGUUCGAAGAGGAGGAAAGGGUCAGGUGACUCGGAUGAGUCGAAUCGGGCUGGUUCAAUUUUCCCAGAUGAGGUAUUGGAAAGAGUUUUGAGUUUGGUGAAAUCUCACAGAGAUAGAAGCUCUGUGUCUUUGGUUUGUAAAGAUUGGUUCAACGCUGAGCGGUGGUCUCGAACUCAUGUUUUCAUUGGAAACUGUUACUCUGUUUCGCCGGAAAUUGUAAUCCGACGGUUCCCGAACAUUCGGAGUGUGACACUGAAAGGGAAACCUAGGUUUUCGGAUUUCAAUUUGGUACCUUCAGAUUGGGGAGCUGAUAUUCAUUCAUGGCUUGUUGCUUUUGCUUCAAAAUACCCAAUUCUUGAAGAAUUGAGGCUCAAGAGAAUGACUGUAAUGGACGAAAGCUUGGAGUUUUUGAGUCGUUCCUUCCCAAAUUUCAAAGCCCUUUCAAUGAUGAGCUGCGAUGGCUUCAGCACCGAUGGCCUUGCCGCCAUUGCCACUAACUGCAAGAACUUGACUGAGCUUGACAUACUUGAGAAUGACAUUAAUGACAAAAGUGGAAAUUGGCUGAGUUGCUUCCCAGAUACUUUGAAAUCUCUGGAAGUACUUAACUUUGCAAGUUUGAAUAGUGAUGUUAGUUUUGAGGCCCUUGAGAAGCUGGUAAGAAGGUCCAAAUCGCUGAAGGUUUUGAAGGUCAAUAGGAAUAUAAACUUGGAACAAUUGCAGAGGCUGCUUGUUCACACUCCUCAGCUAACGGAGUUAGGCACGGGCUCUUUUUCGCAAGAGAUCACUCUCCGGCAGUAUUGUGACCUUGAAGAGGCUUUUAAAAGUUGCAAGAAUCUGCACACUCUCUCUGGUUUGUUAGAGUCGACAGUGUUGUAUCUCCAAGUUCUUUUUCCUGCCUGUGCAAAUAUAACUUUCUUGAAUCUUAGCUAUGCUAUUCUACACGGUGGUGAACUUGCUGGACUCCUUUCCCACUGCCCCGUUCUUCGCCGUCUUUGGGUUUUAGACACAGUUGAAGACAAGGGACUGAAGGCCGUUGGACUGAGUUGCCCCUUGCUUGAGGAACUCCGUGUAUUUCCAGCACAUCCAUUUGCGGACAAUUUAGUCCAUGGUGUAACUGAGUCGGGGUUUCUUGCAGUCUCUUAUGGCUGUCGUAAACUCUGUUACGUUCUCUACUUUUGCCAUCAGAUGACGAAUGAGGCUGUGGCCACCAUUGUGCAGAACUGCCCAGAUUUCACCCAUUUUCGUCUCUGCAUUAUGAACCCUCACCAACCAGACUAUCUUACAAAGCAACCAAUGGAUGAGGCCUUUGGUGCGGUGGUGAAAACUUGUUCUAAGCUGCGUAGACUCGCCAUUUCAGGCUUGUUAACAGACUUAACAUUUGAAUACAUCGGGAAAUAUGCAAAAAACUUGGAAACUCUUUCAGUGGCUUUUGCUGGAAGAACUGACUGGGGAAUGCAGUGUGUUAUGAGUGGUUGUCCAAAGCUGAAAAAGCUGGAGAUCAGAGACAGCCCAUUUGGAAAUGCAGCUUUGCUUUCUGGUUUGGAGAGGUACGAAUCCAUGAGAUCACUAUGGAUGUCAGCCUGCAAGGUGACGAUGAACGGGUGUCGAGUUUUGGCGAAGCAGGUGCCUCGGUUGAAUGUUGAGGUCAUUAAGGAUGAUGGAAAUGACGAGUGUGAGGCUGAAAGUGUUUAUGUAUACCGCUCUGUUGCAGGUCCACGUAGAGACGCCCCACCUUUUGUUCUCACCCUCUAAUCCCUAGGUGAAUGAAGUGAUAACUGGGGCCCAACAUCCAUGUUAUUGGAAAAGAAAGAUCAAAUAUGGAGAGUUACAGAAGUUUGUAAAGAGAAGAAAAGUCACUUCGCUUUACUUGGGCAGAAAGUUCCCAAAAUGGUUUGACAAUAAAAAGCUUUUAAAGAGGAUGAUCUCAUGAUCCGACUAGAACGAAGUAGAGAACAGGAAGACAUAAUCGCAGUUGAAUUCUAUUCAAAGCAGAGGAGAAAGAAGUGUUGAAACCAGAAAAUGGGAGGAUAAAAAAUUUGAAAUGUGAAGGUGUUUUCUUGGAUGGAGAAUUUGGAGAAGCCAAGAAAGAGAUUGGAGGCUAAAGUUGUGUUCUGUUCCCAUGAAAGGGGCAAAAUCCCAUCUGGUUUCUGAGUAAUGAUUAUCUAUUCCAUGUUUAGGAGUUGAAAUAAUUUAAUUUCAGAAGCUUUUUUCUUUCUUUCUUUCUUUCUUUCUCUCUUUAAAUGCCAUUCCGACACAUCGGUUUGUCUCAAUUGGGAUGGUGUAUUCAUCAUUUUGGGAAAAAUGACAUGUAGUUGAUUUGUAAUUCAUCCCAAGUUGAUGAAUGCCCCUAAAUAAACCAAAGAAUUUCUAUUUUUGUUUGGUUAUGGAUACAAUGAUAUUCACUUUUUUUUAUUCGGAAAUGAGUAAUUAGAACAUGUGGGAAUGCUGAAAGUAA